UCCGGUAUUCGCUCGGGGGCUCCAGAUCUGCAGUACCCGGGAGUCUUAUGUUCUGUGGGCAGUCAGGCCAAAGAGAGCCUUCAUCAACGAGGAUGGAGCUGGGAGAAGGAAGACUUCUCAGGACCGGGCUGAACGCGCUGCAUCAGGCAGUUGACCCAGUUCAUGGCCUUGUCUGGACUAACGGGACCCAGGUAGUCCUGACUGGUUUACAGCUUCGCGGUGGAGAGGCCAGGUUUGGGGACUCAGAGGUCGUUGGACAGUUUGAACACGUGUGUGGAGUGUCCUGGGCCCCACGUGGCACAGCGGACGGGCCUGCUCUGCUCGCGGUGCAGCACCAGAAGCAUGUCAGUGUGUGGCAGCUGGGUCCCAGCAGUACGGGGACCAACAGACGGCUGAUGUCUCAGACCUGUGAGAUUAGAGAAUCCCUCCCCGUCCUCCCCCAGGGCUGUGUGUGGCAUCCAAAUGGCACCGUCCUGGCUGUGCUGACUGCGCGGCACGUCUCCAUUUUGCACAGUGUUCACUGCGACGGUUCCCGGGUGAAAGCAGACACCGACUCCCAGGGCCCCAUUCACUGCGCGUCCUGGACCCAGGAUGGCCAGAGGCUGGUGGUGGCAGUAGGCAGCAGCCUGCACUCCUAUGUUUGGGACAGUGCUCAGAAGACCCUCCGCAGGUGCCCCUUCCGCCCAGUGUUUGAGGUGGACAGCUCUGUGCGCUCCAUCGGAGCCACCGGGGCCUCCCAGGUCGCUGUAGCCACUGAGCUCCCACUAGAUAAGAUCUGCAGCUUAAAUGCAUCCGAAACCUUUGAGGUUCCACCUAGCGGCAGAGACCUUUGUCUGUGCACUUUCCCAGUUAUUGAUGAAGUACCCACUGGGGACAAAGGGACAGUGACUUUCAACACAAAUGUUGAAACAUCAGUUUCUCCCAUUUCUUCCUUUUCACAUCCUCUGGACCUAACGCAUAUGCAUUUCAAUACGUCAGAAUCUGAGGGUAGUUCUCUUAUCUGUCUAAGGAAAAAAGACUACUUGACAGGAACUGGCCUGGAUUCUUCACAUUUGGUCCUCGUGACCUUCGAGAAGGAGGUUACCCAGACCAGAAAAGUCACCAUUCCAGGCAUUCUGGUUCCUGAUCUGAUAGCAUUUAAUCGGAAAGCACAGGUGGUAGCAGUGGCUUCCAAUACUCACAAUAUAAUUUUUAUCUAUUCUGUGAUUCCAUCGUUUAUGCCAAACAUCAAGCAGAUUCAACUCGAGAGAAGUGAAAGGCCAAAAGGGAUGUGUUUCUUGACAGAUAAGUUAUUAUUAAUUUUGGUAGGAAGACAAAAAUCCACUGAUUCAGCAUUUCUUCCUUCUUCAAAGACCGAUCAGUAUAUCAUUUGUUUGAUUGUUAGAGAAGUAACGUUGGAAAAGGAAUUGCCAGUAACAUCGAGUGAAAACCAGAGUGGAUGCUCUACUUUCCGGACUCUGUUAAAUAAAACAGACAGAAAAAAGCUAACUGAAAGUCUUUCCCCAGAUUUGUGCCACCAAAACAGAAGGCUCUUCACAUCUAACAGCCACAGUCCACGUGGAAGGCCUGGAAGAACCCUUAUUGAAGAAAUCAAGAGCCCUCCAAGCAGUACCCGUGAUGACUCCAUUGCCCUUGAAACUCUAGAUGCUGAGCCCAUCAACCGCUCAGGGACCCAGCCCGGGUCCAGCAGCACGCCAGGCCACACCCGCACUCCGGGACCCCCUCACCUGCCUCAAAGCACGGACUCACGGAAGGAAGAGGAAACUUAUCGACUGUCGAAGGAAAUGGACAUUUUGUCUAGGACCCUGACCGAAGUGCAGCGAUGUCUUUCUGAACUCGCAGACGCUCUGCCUCAUGGGAAGAAGGCCUCUCCUGUGUAUCCCCUGUCGCGGGACCUGCCUUAUGUGCACGUCACUUACCAGCUCUUAUUUUUAUAUCGGAAGAAAUCUCAUUCUGCAGGUCCUGUGGUUGAAAAAAGAGCCGUGCUUCUCUGCAAUGGCAAACUGAGGCUCAGCACAGUGCAGCAGACCUUUGGCCUCUCUCUUGUUGAGAUGCUCCAUGACUCACAGUGGAUCCUUCUCUCUGCUGACAGCGAAGACUUCAUCCCAUUAACUUUCACAUCCGCUCAGGAAAUAAUCAUAAGAGACUGCAGCUCAGAUGUCUUCAGAGACUCGGUCUCAGAGUCAUAAUCCCGGUCCUUCUCUUGAAGUCUACAGAGAGCUUAGUGUAGACGCCACCAGCUGUCCUACCCUUUUAGGCAAUGUGGCCUGUUACUUUAUUUUAUUUAGUGUUUAUUUAUUUUGAGAGAGACAGAGAGAGCGCGAAUGAAUCCCAG